AUUAAAUGUUACCUGUAUUUUAUUGUUAUUUUAUAAGACCUGCCCUGCAGCCAUUUUCGAGACAAGCUUUCUACGUGUUGGCCAACGUGGGUUGUGCCGAGGGCUCACUUUGGGUGGACAGUGAGUCUUGUUGAGACGCGAGCACAAAGGCUGCGGCUCGGCUGGCCACGGCAACAAGGAAACUGUGUUUCUUCUCUGCGUUUCCUACUGUCACGGGAAAAGAACUUAAAGAGGUGAACGUGUCCCGCGAGGAAUGAGACUAAAGUGCUAUUCUUAACUGGAAGGGUCCAAAGUUGAAAGUUGGGGCGCAAUCUUCGCAAUCGUGGCACCAAAUCAUGUAUGAACCUCGGCACUAUGACAGCCCCCAUCUGUACAGUCCGCCCUACAGCACCACCUCCCGCAGCUUCCAUCCCCCAAGAAGUGUGCCUUCUCCCCAGAGCCAGUAUGGUAGCUACACCUUCCAACCCCCUGCAGACCCCCACUACAUGGAGGAGACGCCGCAACACUUCUACCAAUGGUUUUCGCCUCCUGGUUUUGUUAAAACCUUCCACGGAGCCACAGUGCUCAUGUCUUUCCUCAUUUUCGCAUGCGUGGCGUCAACAUUGGUGUGGGACACGAAUGGAUUUGGGUACAGUGUUGGUGGUGCAGGGAGUGUCGCAGGGGCAGGGCAGGGGUACUAUGGUGGUAGCUAUGGUUACAGUAGCUCCUACAUGACCCCGCAGUCUGCCAAGGCCGUAAUGAUCUCCAUCGCUGCUAUCAACUUCCUGAUUUCACUGGGGUUUCUGGUGGGAAGUUUCUCCCGUUCGAGGGCCAUGAGAGGAUCCUGUUUCUACCUCACGGUGUUCAUUUGUGACAUCAUCUUAGCUGUCCUUCAGGGCAUCAUUGACAUCAUUUUUGUGAUUGGAGUCAACCCAAUGUCCCAGAGCUCACAGAGCAUGCUAUACAAUCCAAUCCUGAUGAUGUGCCACAACAUUCCGGACCGGCCCAGCCUUAGUGGCAGCAUAGGAGCUGGCUUUCCUGGGGGCUUUCCUAUGUACAACCAGUACCUGUACCACUACUGCUUCAUGGACCCAGAGGAGGCGGUAGCAUUAGCAUUGGGUCUGAUGGUGGUGUUGGCCCUGUCACUGGCUGCUUUCUACUCCUGGAAGACUCGUAGCAAAAUCUGCCGCCAUGGCAAAGCUAACAUCUACUGGGACAAACCACUGGUCAUGCAGUCUGAGGGACAGAAUAUAGAGGACUGGGUAAACCAUGUUGGAGAAGGAAGAAGCACCCAGGAGGCACCAACUGUUGUUAUAUCAGAGAAAGCAGCUUCUGACCUUCGUGGGGGAAACAGCACAGCUUUGUAUUGCCAGGACACAGACCUCAUUUACAGCGAUGGAAAUUUGAACCGCGACAACUCCUGUGAGGUUAGUAGCAAACAUCAAGAGGCAGAGCACCCGUACCAGAACAGCAGGCCUGUAGUGUGCAGCAGCUCCUCAGGUGACGCAGACAGCGGCAAGAAACAUGCCUUAAGGGUCCAGAGGAACCACAGGGAUUGUGCAUCUCAGGAGAUGGCGGAAUACCAAAAUGAAACGGCUUACACCACUGGAGGAGACACUGCUAAUGAGUUGGACCAAGACCAAGACCAACAUCUCUUCAGGGAGUACCCGGAAAUCAUCUCGGACCAGCAGCGUCGGCAGUACAGACGCGAUUAUGACUCCUCGCUGGCUCGUUAUAAGAACCUGUGCAAAGAAAUGGAUGACAUCUGUGACCAGAUUCAUAAGCUGAGUCGAGAACUGGACUCCCUGGACAAGAACUCCAUCAAGUACCAGGGUGUGGCCGAUGAAUAUAAUAGACUAAAAGAUCUCAAAAGGGCACCAGAUUAUCAAGCAAAGAAAAGGGAGGGCAGAGAACUUCGGCAAAAACUCUUCCACAUCAAACAGCUAGUAAAAAACUUUGACCAAGGACUUUGUUAGCGCAGGUGCGUCAGUUAAACGCUGACAAAACGAAAAUGCAAUCAGCAUUUGCCUGUGCACUUUUAUAUUGAGAAACUGCAUAAAACAGAUUGAUCACUUUAUUUACAACGAUGUCGCACUAAUGUUACUUACGCAGUUUGUGAACUUUGCUCUAAAAAUAAACAUUUCAGAACUUUUUUCACGAUUGUGACCUAUACCUGUACAACUCUAUUGAAAAUAUGUAUUUUUCAGAAGAGAAGUAAAAUCAAGCAACUGCAAUAAUGUGGUUGCACAAGUGUGCACACCCUCCUGUAACUCGGAUGUGACUGUGUUCAAAAUUAACCAGUCACGUUCACACUCACGUUAAUUGCUUUUGGAAGCUUAUUUUUUGGGCCGAUAAAAGUGAGGUCAAACCUUUUGACCGUAAUUUCAACCGGUAUGUUUGGCGCAAAUAUAACACUGCCCAUGAACAAAAGAACGCCAUACCUAUAGUGAAGCGAGGUGGCGGCAGCGUCAUGCUUUAGGGCUACUUUUCUGGAGCCUUAGAGAGGGUGAACUGUUCAAAACAUUAGUCAGUUUUAGCUGACUACUGUUUUGCACAGAAAAAAAUGUCCGGAACAGUCUACUUGAACAGCUAAACUUUAUUUGGGCUUAACCAGAUGCACUUUAAAUGGCAGUAGGGAUGUACCGACACACGUUGAACGUGAGUUUGAAUGCGGUUUGGUUAAUUAUGUACACAGCCGCAUGCUCAGUCAUCAGAGGGUGUGCACACUUUUCCAACCACGGUUUCCAAAUAUUUUUUUUACAGCUGUUGAAGAGAUCAGGUACUGUGUCUCAUUACACAUCAUAAAAACUUGACAUUUGAACACAGAUGCGUAGACCUCUUAUAUCCAAUGUACGAGGCAUUAGCAAUAGUAAAAUAAAACAUUCCACGUUUGUUUA